AUGGCCUUCAACACCACCACCACCCUUCCCCAGAAUGCCUCCUACGAUUUCGUUAUCGUUGGAGGAGGGACAGCUGGCUGUGUCAUUGCCUCUCGUCUCACCGAAUAUCUGCCAAACAAGUCUGUCCUCUUGAUUGAGGCUGGGCCCAGCGACUUCAUGGAUGAUCGUGUCCUGCUUCUCAAAGACUGGUUGAACCUUCUUGGAGGAGAGCUCGACUACGACUAUGGCACAACCGAGCAGCCCAUGGGUAACUCGAACAUUCGACACUCCCGCGCAAAGGUCUUGGGAGGCUGCUCGUCGCACAACACUCUUAUCUCCUUCCGGCCAUUCGAGUACGACUGCAAGAGAUGGGAAGCGCAAGGUUGCAACGGCUGGAGCUUCAAGACCUUCAUGCGCGUCCUGGACAACCUCCGCAACACUGUUCAGCCCGUGCACGAGAGGCAUCGCAACCAGCUCUGCCUGGACUGGAUUGACUCGUGUUCGACUGCCAUGGAUAUCCCCAUCAUCCACGACUUCAACAAGGAGAUCAAGACAAAAGGUGCUUUGAAGCCCUCGGUCGGCUUCUUUUCCGUUUCGUACAACCCAGACACCGGGCACCGAAGCAGUGCUAGCGUUGCCUACAUCCACCCCAUCCUGCGUGGAGAGGAGAAGAGGGAGAACCUGACUGUGCUCACAAACGCAUGGGUCAGCAAAAUCAACGUCCAGGGCGACAAGGUCACUGGUGUGGACCUCACACUCCAGAACGGCGAGAAGCUCACACUCAACCCCAAGUGCGAGACAAUCCUCUGCGCGGGCGCGGUCGAUACGCCACGAUUGAUGCUUCUGUCGGGUCUCGGCCCCAAGACACAACUUUCCGAGCUCGGCAUCCCACUCGUCAAGGACCUCCCAGGUGUUGGUGAGAACUUGCUCGAUCACCCCGAGAGUAUUAUUCUCUGGGAGCUGAACAAGCCUGUUCCCCAAAAUCAGACCACCAUGGACUCGGACGCGGGUAUCUUCCUCCGCCGCGAGGUCAAGAACGCUGCAGGCUCCGACGGCGACAUUGCCGAUAUCAUGAUGCACUGCUACCAGAUUCCCUUCUGCUUAAAUACCGCUCGUAUGGGAUACGACUCCCCCAUCGACGCUUUCUGCAUGACCCCCAACAUCCCCCGCCCCCGCUCCCGCGGCCGCAUCUACCUGACCUCCUCGGACCCCAACGUCAAGCCCGCGCUCGACUUCCGCUACUUCACCGACCCCGAAGGCUACGACGCGGCCACCAUCGUCGCGGGCCUCAAAGCCGCGCGGGAAAUCGCAAAGCAAGCCCCCUUCUCCGACUGGAUCAAGCGCGAAGUCGCCCCCGGCCCCAAAGUCCAGACCGAUGAGGAACUCUCCGAGUACGGCCGUCGCGUCGCGCAUACCGUGUACCACCCCGCUGGCACAACGAAGAUGGGCGACGUCAAGGCUGAUGAAAUGGCUGUUGUUGACCCCGAGCUGAAGAUCAGGGGCCUCAAGGGCGUUCGCAUCGCGGACGCGGGUGUCUUCCCGGAAAUGCCGACUAUCAACCCCAUGCUGACUGUUCUUGGGAUCGGGGAGCGCGCCGCGGAGCUGAUUGCGCAGGAGUGGGGAUGGAAGGGGCUGCAGAAGGAGAGGUUGUGA